AUCGAACAUUACAAAGACAAAGGCGGCCGAUCCUGAAUCAUUAAACAGUUAGCCACCACAUGCAGCCAAUCGUAUUAUACCAUUAUACAACUCAGAACACUAAUGCGGGAACAACAUCAUUUCUCCGUCACUAUUCCUCUCCCCAGCAACCUGCCACCCUAUCUCGUCAUUGGCUGGCUUCAAAGCUACACCCCAACCUUGCAACACAACUUUUCUGUGGCCAGCUUUCAAGAGAUUCCGUCUGACCCCAACUCAAUCGCCAAUGAUACCUUCAUAGGGCCAUGGGACGCCACAGUGCGUACAUUUCACGUACACGAGCUAUAUGAGCUAGUCCCCGGCCUUAUAGCGCCAAUGCAAUGGCCUGCGGUUUAUAGAUCUGUACCCGAUGGCGUUCGCCUUCGCGUAUCUGCUCCCAAUGGCAAUACCAUCAGGUCGCAAUGGAUUGUUCGUGCAAGCCGGGGUGGCUCAUCCCCUGCGAAUUCUGGAAGCAGCAGUUCUGGGUGGAGUUCAACAAUCGAGCCGACGGAAGAAUGGGAAUUGUAUGAUGAAGGAGUCCUUGAGGGUCACAGGUUGUUAAUGCCAUUUACCAGCAGAUACAUUGACAUGGUGCAUAAUCACCUCUCUCAGAGUCUCGUGAACGAGGCAUAUAGGGCAUAUUUGAAUGGGACAUUAACAAGUGUCCUCUAAAGGAGACCAAUAU